UUUCAGAACUGUCAAACAGAUUUGCAUGACAUGCGCACUGCCGCCCGUUCAUUGCGCUGUGAAUGCUUUAUUGAUUUUAGUGGCAGCGAAAAACACGCCUGCAGAUUUUCACUGCAGUGAGAAUAAAAGUACUCGACCUCUAAUCAAUAAAUAGUUUUAUAAACGAAGAAAUAUUGUAAAAUUUCAACGAAAGUUAACAAGCUGCGCUUAAGAUUGUGUAAAAAUGUGUAAAAUGUUGAAUUUUGUAAAUUUUAUAAUAUGUAUUGCUACAUUCAGUCAAACCAUGGAUCCUUGUUUGACCAUUAAACGUGGACCGCAUCAUCCACGUAGUGAGCCAUCAAGAACACGUAAAGUAGAUCAGCAUUUGACGCACGAAGAGCACCACAUUGAUGAUGACCUAAAGGAUAUGGGCAUAAAUGUGAAUUUGGAAGAUAUGUCUGAGGAGGAAAAGAAUUUUUACUAUUUCAAGAUUCAUGACAGCGACAAUAACAACGCUCUGGAUGGGCUUGAGAUGCUCCAAGCGGCUAUACAUCAGGAUGAACACUUUAAAAAAGUGGAUCGGGACAAUUUCCUCCACAAUGCCACCGAGGAAUUGAAUCAUAUCAUUGAGGUUAUUGAUGAGUUCCUGCAAAUUGCGGAUGCUAAUAAGGAUGGCUUUCUGCAUUAUCCAGAGUAUGUGAAGGCGGUCACUGGUGUGCCCGAGGAUCAAUAGAAGUAAACUUGUGUGAGCAAAAAAAAAAAUGCAAAUAGUUAUAGUAAAUAAGAAAAAAUAUAAAUCAAAAACGCCACGAGAGAUAAAUAUCAGUUAGUGCUAGGAAAAUUAGUUCAACGUUAUAAAUAAAAAAGUAAAUUAUUUAAUGUUAUGCCAAAAGAAGAAAGAUAACAGAAACAUAAUAUAGAUAUACAUACAUACAAACAUAUAUAUGUACGUGUAAAGAAUUAUACACAGUUUUUCCAAACACUUUUUGCAGAAAUAUUGCAUGUAUUAUCAAGGAGUUUUUUAAAUACAUUCGCAUAUGCAUACAUACAUACAUACCUGUGUAUGCGUGUACAAUAUAUAGUUAUGAUAUUACCUUUUUUGUAAUAACGAAGCAAAGCAACUUAUUAAGACUGUAAAUAACUACCACGCGAUAAUUUUUUUGAACAAU